AUGGACGUGAAGACGAAGACGGCGGUGUACUUUUUUCUUUGGUACUUCUUCAACAUCGUGUUCAACGUGUAUAACAAGUCGACGUUGAACGUGUUUCCGUACCCGUGGCUGAUCUCGACCUUGCAACUCGCGGCGACGAGUCUUUGGAUGUUAACCGUGUGGGCGACAAAGGUGCAACCGAAGCCAGUCGUGUCGAAAGUGUUCCUUUUGGCCGUCGCUCCGGUGGCUUUGUUCCACACCAUCGGGCACGUUUCUGCUUGUGUGAGUUUCAGUAAGAUGGCGGUAUCUUUUACGCACGUCAUCAAGGCUGCUGAGCCGGUUUUCUCCGUCAUACUCUCUGGCCCGCUCCUCGGCCAAACGUUCGCCCCGGCGGUGUGGUACUCUUUGAUCCCCAUCGUCGCCGGUUGCUCGAUGGCAGCCAUGAAAGAGGUUAGUUUCAAUAUUGUUGGCUUUCAAGGCGCCAUGAUCAGCAAUCUCGCGAUGGUUUUGCGUAACAUCACGUCAAAGAAAUCGUUGAACGAUUUCAAGCACAUCGACGGCAUCAACUUGUACGGCAUUCUGGGCAUCAUCGGUCUCUUCUAUCUCGCUCCCGCGGCGUAUGUGAUGGAAGGUGCUCAGUGGUCUGCUGGGUACGCCGCCGCCGUUGCCAAGGUUGGCGAGCAAAAGCUUUGGCAAAUGCUCUUCUUGUCUGGCAUCUUCUAUCACUUGUACAACCAAGUGAGUUACCAAGCUCUCACGAACAUCACCCCCGUGACUUUCAGUGUAGGCAAUGCCCUCAAGCGCGUGGCCGUGAUCGUUGCUUCUGUUAUUUACUUCAGAAAUCCGGUCUCACCUUUGAACGCGGCGGGUUCUGCAUUGGCCCUGCUCGGUGCGUACUUGUACACAAAGGCUUCCGAGUCGAAGAAAUCCGCAGCGGCCCCCACCGCCAUGACGAAGGCAGAUCGAUCUUACUCUGCCUACAACGAGCAAUUCAUCCAGACGACUGGUUUAACUGGUUUGACGCUCGAAGAAUUCGAUGUGUAA